GAUGUAUACUUUUGUGUACCCCUCAUUAAUCCGCCAGUGUAUAUGCUGCGUCACGGAUCAUAGUAUCGAUUAUAUAGAAGAUAAAACUGCGACAUUAUAUAAACAUAGGAAGACAUACCGCUGGAAAAAUGCUGAACUCAAAACAAGACUGGCUGCAGGUUCUACCCUACGUUGGCCUGUUAGGAUGUGUGUCCUAUAUCGCUUACUCAGCGUAUAAAAGGCAAGGAGGUAAUCGUAUCAACAAAAAAGUAGUAUCGGAUAAAGAUAAAGACAAAAUUGUAACUAUGGUUGAUAUAGAAGAUGUGGGUGACAAAACAGCUUACUGCAGAUGCUGGAAAUCAAAUAAGUUUCCAUUAUGCGAUGGCACGCACAACAAGCACAAUGCCGAGAACUGUGACAAUGUUGGACCCCUUGUGAUGACGAGGAAAGAAUAGGAUUCUUACUCUAGCGGAAUAUGUGUUGUUGAAAUUAAUGAUGUGUGAACAAUCCAAUACUCUAUAUUGUACUUACACUUUGUGUUGAAGUUUAUAGAAUAGAAAACAAGAAACACGUGUACCUGUAAAAGUCAGUUAUAUUGAAAAUAAAUUGUGAUGUUUUGUGGAUCUUUAGCCAGAUAUACUGACCAAUUGAAGAUAAAUUGUUUUGCUUCGUGGAACCUAGUUAUUUUGUAGAAAUGUAGUAUUUUAUAUUAAUUAAGUAAAAGUCCUAUGAUUAGCCUCUCAAACUCUCAAAGAUUUUGAGAGGUUUUUUAAAUGUUUAAGUGGACCAUUUUUGUAAGCUAUGCAUACGUCGAUGUUGCGAAAUAAAAUUUGUAAACUUUUUAAGAAA